AUGGAUCUUGGAACAUUAGAUAGUCUUACUUUCUAUCAAGACUGUAUAGACUUUGACAUGAAAAGUGAUUAUGACCGUGUGUUAUCAAAUAGUAGUUUCAACUAUGAUGAUUCCUUGUCAUUGAAUGAUGACAACAUGAUGUCCAUGAUGGAUCCGCUCAAUUCUGGAUUAUGGCUCAAUACUAAUUCAGAUUAUCACGAUUUAGCCUUCAUGGAAGGGGAUUUAGAAUCGGCUAUUAUGGUUAAUCCUAAUUCUGUAAUACCAUCAUCUGAACCAGCUGCAGAAAUUAAAAUUAAGGAAGAACCAGUUGCACCAAUUUUACCAAAUACAUACCUGCCUUUUUCAAAUUAAAAAGAGAAACUUGAACCAGUGGGACCUGAAGAAGUUAUGAUUAAGUUUCCUGAAAUUAUUCCAGAAUGUACAAAUAUAAAAUCUGAGACAUCACCAUUUGAAACAACCAAAGUGGAAGAACUCAGACCUAUACCAAAAGCUAUUAGGUUAUCUGAUUUAUUGAGUCAAACAUCGAGUACUGGACAACACCAGAAGACUGAAUUAAUGACUGUACGUGUAACAAUGCCAUCAGCCUUGCCCACACUAAAGACAACUGUAACUACUAGGACAGUUCCUAUUUCUUUUGUUAAUAAUACCAUUUCCGGGCAUUACAAAAUUGUUAGGCCUAAGCAACAAAUAAAACCGAUUCAAUCAAGAAUCAAUGGCAACAAAAUUAAUGAAAGCAUGGGCCUUUAUCCAAGACCUACUUAUUCCUACUCAUGCUUAAUUGCUAUGGCAUUAAAAAACUCGAGUUCUGGAUCUUUACCUGUUUCAGAAAUUUACAAUUUUAUGUGCAAACAUUUUCCGUAUUUUAAAACUGCCAGUAGUGGAUGGAAAAACUCUGUUCGUCACAACCUUAGUUUAAAUAAGUGUUUUGAAAAGAUUGAAAAACCAAUUGGUAGUACAGGUGCACCAAGGAAAGGAUGUUUGUGGACGAUGAAUCCAAGCAAAAUAUCAAAAAUGGACGAUGAGAUGCAAAAAUGGUCGCGUAAAGAUCCUAAUGCAAUUAGACGAGCAAUGCUCAAUCCUGAACAUUUGGAUUUACUUGAACGUGGUGAGAUGAAUGAAUGUUAUGAUCGGCGUGACAGUUAUUACUUUGAUGAUGAAGAAGAAGAGGAAGAAGAAAUAAUCAGUCAAGAAAUGACAUCAGAAGACGACAGAAUCAGUGAUGUUGAAGAAGAAUCUGAUACUGAGUCAAGAAUUGAUAAGGAUGAUUCGCCGUAUCAGCUAAUAACAUUUGGCCUAGAUGAUUUAGCUAACCUCAAUGACCUCGGAAAUGAUGUUGAUGAUGAUGAUGAAAUUGAAGAUAGUUCAAAUGAUGGCAGUUUCGGCAUUGAAGCUUCAGAGUACAAAACAAACUUUGACGAUUUGAUAUCUGUUCAAGAUAUACCUAUGACAUAUGUAGUCCAGCCUCAAAAUAAGACUGUAAUCAACAAUAAACGGCCGUAUCAACAACCUUUAUAUAAGGGUAGUUAUGUGUUGACUAAAAAUGUUACAUCAAGUGUACCAAGUCCAAAGCGAAAAUUCAUCAGUAGGCCUGUAUCAAUAUUAAGGAAUAUUUAAUAUAAAUGUUGGAUGUAAUACAAGAAUAACAUGCAGGCUUUGAUUAAUUGCAAUAUUGGUAAAACGCAUAAUUUAGCUGUUACCACCAAUUUUAAUAUUUUACUCCUGUUAAUAUAAUUUUGAUAAAUUGAGUCUGAAUAGUCAAAUUAUAAUGAAUUACAUAUCAAACGUGUUAUGUAAUAUAAAUUUAUACCAUUUUAUUUUAUGAGGAUUUUUGUGAUUAUUGCAAACAAUAAAAACCAUGUAUAUACUUUUUAUUUGUACAUCUACUAUAGAUGGAAUUUUAGACUGCUAAAUUUAGUUCACAAUAGUCAAUUACUAGUUAUUACAUCUUUAUUUUAUUUCAUAAUAUAAGUAUAAAUUAAUAGUUUAAUUUAACUACUGACAUUUUUUCAAGGAAGUAUAAAAACCAUAUUCAAUUAAUGUAUAUAAUAAUGAGUAUAAGUUAAACUUAUUUCUUCAUAAAAAAAUAAUAAUUAUGAUUUCUAUUUUGUUCUAUUUUAUCAAUUUGUUUCCUUUUUAAUUGCUGUUACUCAAUAUUAUUUAAAUAAGUAUAUAUAUAUUUUUGUAUAAUUUAUGUUUGAAUUUGAUGGUAUUUUUAUAGUUUAAAUAAAUUGUUAAAAAAUAACUUAAUUGAAAUCUUAUAUUAUUAGUUGCAACAAUUAAUAAGAUGAUAAUAAAACCAUUUAUGUCAUAACAAAUUAUUAUAUUAAUUGUCAAUCUAUCAACUAUUUGAUUUUGAUACUUCCUUUUAAUAAAUAUAUAUAAUAUAUAUAUUUUUUUUUAUAUAAUUCAGUUUCAAUGUAAUAAUUUUGUGAUUAGUAUUUUAACUUUGAAAUAAAAUACCAGUCAAUAAAAUUUUAUUUCAAUUGUCUACUAUAUGUAACUGUUAUUAAUUUAAUAAAUCAGGACAAGUGAAAAUACUAAUUACAUUAUUAUUAUCAGAAAAUAAUUAACAAUUUAUUCAGAUUGGCUCUUCAGACUCAUAAUUUGUUUUUUUUUAUAUAUCAUUUCGGUGAAUUAUUUUACCAUUAAAUGCAUUUACCAAAUCUAAAAAUGAAGAUUGGGGUUAACAGCUCAGUAAUGUGUAGAAUUAAUCUACAUUAAUAAAUAUUAAAUAUUUUGACUCCAUCCCAAUCGGGAAAAUUAUAUUUAUUUACGGUGGGAUUAAAUUUACCAAUACUUGGUAUGAGUUAGUUAAAAGAUGUUUGUUAUUUUAAUUACAUUUUGUAUAAUAUGGGUUUAAUGUUUUUCGUUGUAUACCUUCAGUUCACUAUUUAUAAUAAUACAGAUGUGGAAUUACAUUGUAAUUCUUUUUAUAUAAAAGAUUUUGUCUAAAAUAUUCAACUGUAUUGCGUCCUGUUUUAGUAAGAAGAACGUGCCUAUUUUGACUACCAAUACAUAUAUUAUGUGUUUUUCUAUCAAUAUAUAAUUUUUUAUAUCUUUUUUUUUUUUACAUCUAAAAUGUACUGUAAUAUUUGGUAAGCUAACUAAGGAUUAAGUUAACCAUAGAAGACAUUUGAUUUUAAAUAAGAAAUAAUUAAGUUAUAAGAUACAAAAUGUCAAUAAAUUAAGCAGUAUAGUUGAUUGAAACAUAUUUUUAAGUAAUUAGGUAUAAUGAAGUAGAUUUUUGAGUGUCAGAAUUAUUGUAGUAUUGUACAUAAAUAUGAAAAGUCUGCAGCCAUCGGCCAGGUGUGUACCAGAGUUCAAAUUGCAUUUAUAUUGUUUAAUUUAUUUAUGAAUAUAUAUUUAUAUAUUAUAUAUUUGUACUUUUUCCUGCUUAAUAUUUCAUCUGUCCGAUGUGUCAAUUCUAUUAAAAAUAAAUGUCAUACAUUUUAAA